GCCGCUAGGGAGACUGUCUCGUCUUGGCUAACUUAUCGAAAACUUGCACAUUGGGUGUUAAAAAGAAAGUAUCACGUUAGUAUAGUUAACAAGCAUAGAUAAAUAUACGCAUAAAUAAUGUAUAUCGAUGUAAUGGCUUUGAAUGGAUAUUUUUAUUGGCGAGUUAGCGACGAGCUAACUAGGUUAGCUAACCGCUAACUAGCAACCGGGAUGGUCCCAUGGCAGAAACCGUCUCUUACCUCCCCCUGGACGGCUGGGAAAGACAGCUGCAGCCGGCUGGAUGAAGACGGAGGGUGCGAGAAAGUGUCAACAGAGUGUCCGUGACCCUGGUCCUUUUGUGCCUCCCUUUACACUCGGGAGUGUGUUGCGCCAGCCUGGAGGAUCCCAAGGCCCUGAUGAAGAUGGGUCUCAGCAUGGUGCUGGUGGGUCACGUCAACUUCAUGCUGGGAGCGCUGGUGCACGGCGUGGUGCUCAGGCACAUCAACCUCCACAAGCAGGCCAGGGCCAGGGACUACGCCAUCUCCAACGUGGUGGCGCUCGCAACCGGGCUGGUGGGAAUCGUGAUGGGCAUUCUGGCAAUCGUCCUGUCCAAAAACAAGAGGAGGAGAGGCCUGACAUGGUCCCUCUUCAGCGUGAGCUUGGCCUCCUCCCUCAUGGCGGCCGCAUCCGCCAUCGGCCUCUUCGUUUCGGUGGUUAGGGCCAUCAUCCACGGUGGGCGGAGCCUCCUGACGCACUGCCGCUUCCCCGACGCCAUCGGUUACUCCAGCAUCACAAACGAGUGUCCAUUUGACCCCACGCGUAUCUAUAGCACCACUCUGAUCCUUUGGGUGCCUCUCAUCGUGACAUGUGUGGUCCAGCUGAUAUUUUCCGCCCGCUGCUUGUCCGUGUGCGUGUCCUUCCUGGGCCUGCCUUGUUGUUGCUACUUGCAAAGGAAGCGUCCCAGAGAGGCCAGAGCGAUCAAAGCGGUGAGGCCGCUGGAGGUAUUGGCGGCGUCUCGCGUUACCAAACAGAGGCACCACUCGGAAGCACCUCCCAAUCGCUACACGGAAGCCCCGAGGAAUUACAGCGAGCCCAGGAGGCAGGUAUCGCAACCGGUGAGGCAGCAGCGGCCCCAGCGGCCCCCGACGCAGUACAGGAGCCUCCCGCCCGCACAGAGGCAGCCUCGCAGGGAAAGGCCGCAAAGGCCCGACCGGGGGCAGGGAAGCCAAGAGAGGCCGCCGGAACAGCACCACCUACUGGAGAGGGGGACUCUGGAACGAUCCAGUUUCUGGAUAUGAUUUCGGGCUUGGACUGGAGGUGUUCAUAUUUCGCCGUGGACCUCAGCUUCAACUUGAUUGGCCACAUCAUUAGGUACACCUGCACGAACUGGAUGGAACAGCUCUAUCAAACCUUUUAGUGUUGAUACAGAUUUUGUCACGGGACUGGUGCAGGUGUACCUAAUGUUGUGGCCGGUGAGUGUGUGUUUGUAUCACACCAAACAUCACUUGGUGAUGGUUUGACAUUUAAUAUUCUCCCAAUUCAUUUUGAAUGGGGACAAAUGAAGUCGCUGCACAAAGAGAAGAAUGAUUCAGUGUUUGAACGGAGCGCGCAGUAGCUGCCCCGUCUUUAUGCCUGACAAAUACUGCGUAAGGGUGUGUCAUCACCAACACUAUUGUUUCUGUGUGUGUGUGUGUGUGUAUGCGUGUGUGCACAGGUAUUUUUAUUUAUUACAUUUUACUAAAUAAACUUUUCAUUCAUACAUCUUGUUGCUUUUGUGUGUUGCUGUGAUGUGUGGUAAUGUUUGCUGACAGUGAGUGACCUGACAGGAAGGACUGGUUAUACACACACAUACGCGUGCGCACACACACACACACACGAGUGCACAAACUUACUUAUGGAAUUAUUAGCAAACAGCGUGAUCUUCUGGUCAGAAGAAGGAGCCUAAUGUGAUGGUAACGAUCCCUUGCAGUAAUGAUCCCUGCAGUCAUUACUUUCAAUUGGUAAACAGGAGCUUAUGCAAUCUAAUGGGACAAUGUUCCUUGCACCGCAUUUCCAUGCAUGAGUUUGAUUUUAGGAGCACUAAUUUGUUCCAGAAAUUGCACCAUUUCCGCAGAAAAUGAUGUAUGAUUGUUGUUAAAAAAAAAUAUAUAUAUAUGCCAGGUAUGACUAGUUAGACAUUUGCUAGGAGUACUGCUUUUAUUGAUAACCAACACACAUGAAAUUAAAUUCAGAAACCAGAAGUGACAGAAGAGUCCACACAUGCAGAUUUUUCCAAACAAGUAUUUCUAUUUCAGGUCCAUUAGAACAAAUAUCCUCAAAUGAUUUUGUUUUUUUUUUCAUGCAGAAAACAAAAAGUUUAGGAAGGUUUGUGUUGAUGGGUUGGUGACAAGGAAGAAAAAAUCGAUCCAAUAGGAGAUAACCAGUUCAUUGGAGGAGGCAGUGACAAUAGAAAAACUUCCAUGUUGUUCUUUAUCCUACCAGCAGGAGGCAGUGGUGGCAGUGAGCCCCCCUUCCCCCCAAAAAAUAAAAACAGGAAGGAAGCUUAAAUGCAAAAUAUCAGUCCUGAUGUCACAAAUUCAGUGUGCUAUAGCUAAGUCUUGGCUAUACGAUGGAAGAAUUACAUAUUUAUAACCAUCAUAUGCUAAUCAUGUUAGAAGAAUGAAGAGGUCAUAUUAUGAGGAAAGGCUUGGAAUUCCACCGAGGAUAUCCAAAUUCUCAUGGAAUGUCACAAAAUCCUUCAAAUAAACUAUGAACAUGGCGAGAAUUAAUUGACAGCAUUAAAAAAAGAAA